GCGAGUCGGGAAACGAUUUUUAAACUGAAAAGGCGGCUGAAGGCCGAAUUGCGGUUUCUCAUCGGCGUGAUUUCAGACUGGCCUUGAUCUCUGAAGGGCUCAGCUGAAGAAGGACGAGUUGGGACGCACUGUCGUUUUGCCCUUCCCCUUCUGCGGGCAGAAGCCAACUCCGCAAGAGCGAGAUUCGCAGAGCUGAGAGGCUGGGUGAGGGGAAAUGUCCGUCCCGGGCUGAAGUCGCGGGGCCGGCCUGCCUCUGGAGGAGCGGAGGUCUUCUUACUGGGCGCCUCUGUGUCCCUGGUGAACCCACUUGUGGUGAACGAGAGGGACUUUGGGAGGGCCGAGGGUUUCUCCAGCCGCUCUCUUAGCGGUCGUUUUGGCGGCUUUUUCUCCGCCCCACCCCCCGCCCCGCCUUGCCUCGCCUCGCCUCGCCUUUCAGGGGAUUUCAGUCUCGACACCGUAUUGGAACCAGACUUGAAGAAUGGUUAGUGAAUCCGGAAUGGGUGACAGCGUCGUCACGGCAUUUUAUUAGACCAUGGAUUCUUAUGAUGCACCACAAUCAACUCCUAGACAAAGUGCAUCUUCAAGGCCUGAAAAUUGCUUUAUAGGUGCCACCCCUCUGCAGAAACGACUGGAAUCCGUCAGGAAGCAGACUCCAUUUGUCCCAACUCCACCUCGAAGGAAAAUUCCCCAGUGUUCACAAUUGCAGGAAGAUGUUGAUCCUCAAAAGGUUGCAUUCCUUCUGCAUAAACAGUGGACUUUAUAUAGUUUAACUCCCCUGUAUAAAUUCUCCUAUACUCAUCUCAAAGAGUAUUCUAGACUUCUGAGUGCGUUUAUUGUUGCUGAAAAGCAAAAAGGACUUGCUGUGGAAGUGGGAGAAGACUUUAACAUCAAAGUGAUUUUCUCUACUCUCCUAGGAAUGAAAGGAACGCAAAAGGACUCUGAAGCAUUUCUUGUCCAGAUUCUGUCAAAAUCUCAAUUGCCAUCUGAGAACAGAGAAGGUAAAGUGUUAUGGACUGGUUGGUUCUGCUGUAUAUUUGGAGACAGUCUUCUGGAGACUGUUUCAGAAGAUUUCACCUGUCUACCCUUAUUCCUUGCAAAUGGAGCAGAGUCUAAUACAGCCAUAAUUGGAACUUGGUUUGAGAAGACCUUUGACUGUAAUUUUAGUCCUUUAGCAAUCAAUGCGUUUAAUCUUUCCUGGAUGGCUGCUAUGUGGACUGCAUGUAAAAUGGACCGUUAUAUGGCUGCUACUGAAUUUCUUUGGUCUGUUCCCUGUAGCCCUCAAAGUCUGGACAUUUCUUAUGCAAUACAUCCAGAAGAUGCCAAAGCUUUGUGGGAUAGUGUCCACAAAACACCUGGGGAGGUUACCCAGGAGGAAGUUGACUUAUUCAUGGAUUGCCUUUAUUCACAUUUUCAUAGGCAUUUCAAAAUUCAUUUAUCAGCCACAAGAUUGGUUCGUGUUUCAACAUCUGUAGCUUCAGCACAUACUGAUGGAAGAAUAAAGAUUCUGUGUCAUAAAUAUCUUAUUGGGGUGUUAGCAUAUUUGACAGAACUGGCGAUUUUUCAAAUUGAGUGAUGCCUUCUGUGGACUGUAAGUUAUGGAUUAUAUACCCUUUUUUCAUUGAUUAUUUGCCUGAUUGCUAUGCUGAAAGAGACUGCAGGAGAAAUGGGCAUCUGUCUCUGCAUCUGUUUUUCCCACUUUGCCUUUGGAGUUGCCAAGAUGGAAACCAAGAAGGCUCUAGAAGAACAAAGAAUGCAGUAUUAGAGGAACCACAGCCAAGUGCUCAUAUACUAGUCAUGAUGAUCUGGCAUGCCACUCUUUAGAAAAUGCUGAGUUGUUAAUUUGUUGGUCAUCUUUUAAAAAAUAUAUAUAAUGUUUAUUAAGUCAAACUUUUAGGAUUCAAGUCAGGUGUAUCUAAUAUAGAGUAUUUCUUAUUUGGGUCUUUAAAACCAUUAAUCCCUUUUUAUAGCAUUUUAGACUUGCAUUAAGAAAGAAUUCUGAUUUCUAAAGACAUUUUCCUAGCUUUACUUUGCUGUAAAGAACUGGCAGUCAAAAAUCCUCUCAAAAGAUUAAUAAUAUAGAUUUUAUAGCCACUAAAAUGCUUCUAUUUUUAAUACUUUCCAAUUCCUGUUGCAAUAUUGAAUUAAAUGUUCACUUUUCAAAUGAAA